CCGUGUCUACCUCACAGCAGCAGGCGUGAGUGUGUGCGUGUGUCUGCCUGUCACCCGGGGGCCCGUGUCAACAGUAGAGGGAAGAAGAAGAGGACACGUACAGAGGAAAUCAGAAAAUAACGCUACUGCAGACAUGGACUUGCGGUCUGAGCUGCUCAAGUCCAUCUGGUACGGUUUCACAGCCUUGGAUCUGGAGAAAAGUGGGAAGGUGUCAAAGUCUCAGCUGAAGGUUUUGUCCCACAACCUCUGCACAGUCCUGUCUAUCCCUCAUGAUCCAGUUGCUUUAGAGGAGCACUUCAGGGAUGAUGACGAUGGCCCAGUUUCCAGUCAAGGUUACAUGCCUUACCUCAACAAAUAUAUCCUGGAUAAGGUUGUGGAGGGGUCUUUCAAUAAGGAAAACGUCGAUGAGCUCUGUUGGACCCUCACGGCAAAGAAAAACUACCAACCAGACAGAAGCAGCAGCUCUAUUCUGCCAGAGAAGGAUGCUUUUCGGCUUUGGUGCCUUUUUAAUUUCCUCUCUGAGGACAAGUACCCUUUGGUUAUGGUUCCAGAUGAGGUGGAAUACCUCCUCAAGAAGAUAUGCAUGGCUAUGAGUAUUGAGUUCAACUGUGUUGAGUUAGAAGACUUCUUUUCCCAGGAUUCAGUGCAGCACAGCGGCAUUACCGUCUGGAUUUUUUUAGAGAUGAUGAAUUCCGGCAAGGUCACCCGGGGAAUCGAUAAAAGCAUUAUAAGCAUGGCUAUUGAGGAAGUGUAUAGAGAGAUAGUUGGUGAUGUUCUUAAAGAGGGUUAUCUGUGGAAAAAAGGCCAGCUAAGGAGAAACUGGAAGGAACGCUGGUUCACCUUGAGGCCCAGCAACUUGUCCUACUACACUGGGGAGGACCGGAAGGACUGCCAAGGCAACAUAGUCCUGGAUGGGAACUGCUGUGUGGAGGAGUGCAAACCUCAGAGUGCCGAGGUCGAGCAGAAGGUGCUGCCAGACCGAGAUGGGAAGAGGUGCAUGUUUUGCCUGAAAACCCUCUCCAAGACUUAUGAAAUGAGCGCCUCAGACACCAAACAGAGACAGGAGUGGACUACAGCCAUUCAAACAGCCAUCAGGCUGCACGUGGAGGGCAAAAAGUCCCUCCACAAAGACCUGAAGCUGAAGCGGCGGGAACAGCGCGAGCAGCGGGAGAAAAGACAGCAGGCCAAGGAGGAGGAGCUGCAGAGACUCCGGGCUUUGCAGGAAGAACGGGAGCGCAAUCUGGCGGAGCUGGAGCUCCUGAAGGAGGCGCAGAAGCAGGCGCAGGCGCUGAUGGAGCUGGACGAGCAGAGGAGGCGCCAGCAGCACGAGCAGCUCCAGCGGGCCCUGGAGGUCCAGCUCCGGGAGGCCGAGGAGGUGAGCGAGACGGCGAAGAAGGGGGAGGCCAAACAGCGGAAAAAGGAAGAACCCCUCCGGAUCCUUUUGCAUCUGCCUUUGUGUUUUCAGGCCCGGGUCAGCAUGCAGGCCGAGAUGGCUCUGAAGGAGGAGGAAGCGGAGAGGCAGAGGAAGAGGAUCCAGGAGCUGGAGGAGAUGCAGAAGCGUUUGGAGGAGGCGCUUCAGCAAGAGAUCAAAGCCAGGCUGGAUGAGGAGGCAUUCCGCUACGCUCAAGCAGGGCUGCUGGCUGAGGAGGAGGAGAAAAUGAAGGCCCUCAUGUCCCUGCAAGAGGAGCAGGAGGAAUACAUCAUAACGACGCAGAGGGAGAAGCAGGAGCUGAAGCAAGAAAUGGAGGCCAAGUCUCGGGCUCUUGAGGAGGCUCAGAGGCAGCUGGAGGAAGUCCGAGCUAAUCGGCACAGGGUGGACCAAGACGUUGUGGCAGCCCAGAGGAAACUUCGCCAGGCGAGCACUAACGUCAAACACUGGAAUGUCCAGAUGAACAGACUGAUGCGACCAAUUGGACCAGGCGAGAAAAGACCAUCUUUGGGAGGCUCUCACUCCACCUUCCAGAUCCCGACACAGAGGGACCCCGGGCUUCGCCUCUGGGGGCGAUCAGGAUCAGAGGAUCAGGACGAGGAGAGCAAAGAAAACGUUAACAAGAGAGCUGGGUCUGAUUUAGAGAAGCGCCGCUCAAAUGCCUCCAACGGAGACAUGGACAUCCCCUAAAACAUGAAUCAGAGAGGAUGCUUGGUUUCCCCCGGUGAGGUUUUCUGACAGGAAAGCCAAGAGACAACGGCCUAAAGUGUGAACAUUAUGAAAGCAGUGGGAUCUCUGCACUCAAAACUGAACUGAUAGUACUACCAUUUCUUGUUAAUGUUGCAUUUACUGACCUCAUAACAAAGUACAACAGCAGUUUAAACCAUUUUAGUGAGUUCUUCCAGUUGCUACUGCUUGGCCACUGAUUCGGAUGCACCCUGAGAGAGGCCUGACGUGUACAAACAUGAUACCUCAGCGCAAAUAAAAGGAGAAUGCAAAGUUAGGUGCUUUAAGGGUCAGUCCUACAUACAGUGCAGGAAGUGUUUGUUGUGGUGAUUUUGCAAUUUAGCCUUGUUUGGUUUCUGUCUGAGACAUUGUCGCCAUUGUGGCGGGUGACUUUUGAUAUAGUGUUGGUUCAGUAUUAGUUUGUAAAAUAUAUUUCCCUAAAACAGGAAAGACUGAAAGAGAGAGAGAGAGGAGAGGGUAAAGAACUUCCUGUUUUUAAAGUGAUGUAACAUUAUUGUAAAUAAAAGAGUGAACUGAUGAUGUACCCAGAUUUCUAUCUGUAUCUUUAUUGAGUAGAACUGUGCAUUACAUCUAGUUCAAAGGUUAAAGUCUUCAUUAUCAAA